AUGUGGCUUAGUAGGUCAAAGACGAGGACCAUGUCUGGAAUGGUAAGCACGUGUGAAAACAGGGUGCCUACAUAAACUGCAUGCACGGUGGGAACGUUCGUACGUUUGCGAAUACUGAAAAUGUUUAUAUCAUUGCAUUAUAUUUCAUAGCAACAUUAAUCGGGUAUUAGCAAGUGCGUUCAGGGCCGAGUUGUUCAAAGCUGGGUUAAGAUAAACCCAGGGUUAGUGCGAGACUUGAACUCUGUUGAAAGCUUAAAAAACAUUCAUAAUUCUUUUUGUCUGCAAGUUGAUGAAUAGAUUGGAAGCUCUAAAAAUAACAGAGAAAACUAUCCGACAAAAUGCUUUUAAACGUAAGAAAAAGAAACCCGGUAAAAUUUAACCCCGGGUCAUGAGCGCUAAUCGACCUUUUAACAACUGGGCCCAGCCAGUUUACCAUUAGAAUCAAGUUGUCUUAAAAUGAGAAGUUUUUACGAUUCAGUGUGAACUAAGAGGACAAGUUAAGUCAGGGAGUUAAGGUCUCGGUAAAGGAAAACGAGGUGCCCACAGAAAAAAAUUCUAGUUACAAAGGCAAGUUAUAUAUUAAAUUAAAGCUAAAGACUAAAUUACGUUAUAAAAGAUUUUAUUUCAUCGAAUUUCGAAAGGAGCUUAAGUUUUUUGCCCUCGAACUCAGAGAUAUCGAGUUUACUGCUGAAGCUCCAGCCCUUUCGCGUUGUUAAAUAUUCACUUCCUUUUUAUUGCAUCUGAUUGACAGAUAAAAGACCUAAAAAAGGGUGUGAGGAAAUUUGCAUAUGUCUCGUAUUAGCGGAAUUAUUGCAUUUCAAACUAAAAAGUCGAAUCUCGAGCGCCAUUUUCAUAUAAAAUGAGUUACAAAGGGAAAUCGGAAAAUUAUAUACAAGAGGGCUGUGAUGCUAGUAUUAUAAGAAAGGGGAGCGAAAAGGCCGGAAGAACAUGGAGAGAAACGAUCUUCGCAUUUCUUAUCUACACCAUUGCUUGUUAAUAUGCAAUCUCCCAGAUAUUAUCAUUAUGGUGCGAUUCUCUCCAGUCCAAGGUGUUUUUGUGGGCAUUCUCAGCCAUGUCCCAGCUGCUUCCCACAGCUUAGAGUCACUUAACUGUCCACAAAAUAUCAGGAAAACUUAACCCUCCAUACUAGGCUUUUGCAUUCUUCGAGAGAGUUCCAAGAGCACUAAUCAUGAUGGCUACAAUUGCCACUUUCAUGGCGUGAACAAUGUCUUGAUACCUUUCCACCCUUUCCUCCCCCUCCUUAUUAUUAUUGUCGUCAUCAUCAUCAUCGUCGUCGUCGGUGGUAAUAGUAGUAGUAGUAGUAGUAGUAGUAGCAGUAGCAGUAGCAGUAGCAGUAGCAGUAGCAGUAGCAGUAGCAGUAGCAGUAGCAGUAGCAGUGGCAGUGGCAGUGGCAGUGGCAGUGGCAGUGGCAGUGGCAGUAGUAGUAGUAGUAGUAUUUGAAUUUAUAAAAAUUACACUUAUGACUAAUUUCUAUAAGAAAAUUAAAGUUUUCAAUGAUUACUUACAUUUGAUUCCAUCAACAGACACCAAUUGAACUCGAAUCUAAGUUUGCCCAGAGAGCCCAAUUUUUACAAGUGAAUGAUACUGACUACAAAGGAUUUGCUUACGAUGCAGCAUGGCUGGUUGCCCUUGCCCUCAACAGAACAGCGCAGCAGCUGGGCCCUAACGCUUCUUUGGACUCGGAACCAUUCGGGAGCAAAAAUUUCUCAGAGCUUUUUAAGGGAAACCUUUUAGCAACAGAGUUCCUUGGUGUAACGGUAAGAGAUAAUGAAAGUAAAUUCAGAUUUCGCUUCUAAUCAAGGGAAAUUUACGCUUAACUGAGGUAGCUGUUUUGAGCCGCAAAAUAGAACGAAACUUAGUAUUUUUUGAUAGAGGAAUUGGAGUCUUAUUAUUGGCCUAUAUUUGAAGAACGCAACUGACCUUUAAAAAAUUGUCUGUUAUAAUUAUGACCGAUGUCAGUGCUACUCGUUGUGACGCAGAAUAUUUUUGAAACGAGGGUGUUUGACAUUUUUCUUCCUACAUGAUUAUUUUAACCGCAUUGCGAAUGUCACGUGGGGUGGGGGUGAGGGUGGGUAAAUGAACUUAGUUAGUUUAUAAUUUUAAGCUGACGGUAGAGAAAACAGCGGUCUCCACUCUUCUUGUUGACCUUCUUUCAGGGCCUUGUAAAAGUUAAUGACAAAGGUGACAGAUCGGGAGUUUUUGAAAUCUCACAACUGAAAGGUAUAUUAAUUAACUGAUGGUAUUAUUCAUAAAAUAUGCGGAUAAUAAAAACAUUUCUCUAAUUAGUCCACUAUUUUUCAGAGUGCCCGUUUAAGUAGAGUCACCCCACUUAAUAAAGUCAACACCAAAGGAUACCAAAACUCGCAUGGUUGCACCAGCUGUAGCCUCCCUUAGGGUAGAUUAAAAAUAUUAAUUAUAAUGCUGCAAUGUAGUAACGAAAGAUAGUAUUUUGCAUUGCAAACUGCAAUAAAUAAUGAUAACAAAUUCAAUAAGUUGUAAUGAUAUCAUGAUAUCAAAUAGGGACAGAGUUUCAAGCUAUCUGCAGUCACGAGGUACAGAAAUCUUCUCUGGAUACAUAUUUUGGAGUGGAAUUCGAGUGGCAAGGUAUAACCCUGGGUCGGGUUGUUCAAAGGUGGGUUAAGAUAACCCAGGGUUAGUGCGAAAUUUGAAUUCAGAUAUGAAAGUUUAAAAAGUAAAUUCACUUCAGUCCUUUUUGUCAACAAGUUGAUGAUUGGAUGCUCUUAAAAAUAACAGAGAAAAAUACCCUAGAAAAUGUUUUUGACUGACAAAAGAAAAAGAAACUCGGGUUAAAUUUAACCCUGGGUUAAGCGCUAAUCGGCCUUCGAACAACUGUGCCCUGUUUUGUGGGUUGUAAUCCAUAAUUAAGUAGCAGGUUUAGCAUUGAGGCCUGCUUAAAUGUUAAAAAAAAAUCUAAAUAAUGUUCUGUCCAAAAAUUCUUUCGUCAUGGAAUGUGUUUGCAGGUAUCUACCGACGUAACAUUUCAACGAUCAGGUAUUACACCUAAAAAUGAACAUAUCUCACCAGUAUUACAGUAACUGCAUUGGCUUCCUAUAGAUGGGCCAACAACUUUUAAUAUUCUUUUAAUUACUUUUUAAUGUUUAAAUGGCUUAGCCCCUUCAUAUAUUUUUUUGCCCUAGUUACAAGGUAGAUUCCUCGGUGCAACUUAAGAUCUGCUAAUAGCCAUCGUCUUGCUUGAUGUCCGUUAUAAUCUGCGCAACUAUGGUUUACAGUCUUUUUCAGUAGCGUCUCCACAGUUGUGGAAUGAUAUGCCACUAGAAACUAGAUCUUGUGAGAGUUUGAACGAUGUUAAGAAAAAACUUGAGUGUUAUCUUUUUAAGAAAAAUUGGUCUCUUUAUAUUUUAGUCGUUUUAACUGAAAGCGUUUUAUCCAUAAAUUAGUUUUGCUAUUUUUAAUUCGUUUCAAUCUAAUGUAAUUUAUGAACAUUGUAAUAUUUUAAACAUUUCUUGUGAAUAGCCAUUGGGCAUCGCUGGGAAUUGAGCUAUAUAAAAAAGUAUUAUAAUUAUUAUUAUGAUCAUUAUUAUUAUUAUUGUCUUUCUUUGUUACCUGAACAAGGUGGAAGGCCACCAUUGGAUCGCCACAGUGAACAUAACGAACUACACAUCAUGUCAAUGACCAUAUUCAUCCCCGUUUGCAUCAUAGCAUCACUUGGAAUCUGCUUAGCUUUGUUUUUUCUCCAUUUCAAUGUCAGAAAUCGGAAUAAAAGGUGAGUGUGGAGUCACAAUUAAGAGCACCUUAGGUCGUUCGUCACUGACAGAUGAUAAUUAUCCCUAGAGCAAACGGAAGAGUUACAUGGGAAAAGUUUAGGUCAAAAAGAUUAAUAUGCACAAUUUGCAAAAUAUAGAAAAUGCUUAUUUCCCAAACAAUGCCCCUUAACGUUUAAGCAAACUUUAUCUCAAAGGCCCAGGCACUGACCACUUGAAGUUUUGCUGCAUCAAAGUAUUAAUCAAGUUACUUUAAUAUUACUGUCUAUGAUUAUACAGGGUCAGUCUGUAAGUCGUUGUGACCUAGCUACGACCGGGGACUUAAAAGAAGCCACACUACUUUUCGAAAAGAGAAGGGAAAGGUGUGGUCUACCUUUCACACAUCACUCACAUCAUGGGCUAUGGGUGGGUUACAGCAAGGUCUUAAAUGGACCGAUAGCGGCUGCCACUGGUGCCCUUGUAUGCUGACGUCCAAGCUUACGGAUAACAUGUUCAUAUCUAAUGUAAAGAGGGCACGUCUUGUUUUCCCCUAUUCCACGAAAUAACAUUACAUUACAUAGCACUUUCUAGCAAUAAACACAUUAUUUAUAUUAUUAAUACCCCCCUCCCCUUCCUACUCCUGUAAAGCUAUUUUUUUUUACUCCUCUUUAAUUAACUUGUUUUCCUCCACACCAGUCAACCACCGCCACCACCUAAAAAGAGCACAUGUUUUUCUGAUCUGUUAUUCCCCUGCAUUUUUCAGAAGAUAAAGAUAAAUGGCUAUGACGUCAUCGGCCAAUGUAUUCCACCUCAAACUAAUGAUAUUCCACUUCAAUUAAAAGGGGUCUAAAACAUCCCUACGAUACUUCUUAACAAACUGUAUUAUUCAUUCCUCAGGGUUAUUAAAAUGUCAAGUCCAAACUUAAACAAUGUCAUAAUUUUGGGCUGCAUUCUUUCAUACGUUUCUGUCAUUAUUUUCGCUUUCGAUGGAGAUCAUCUGACUGCAGACCUCUGCAAGGUAUGCGUUAUUCACUAAAUAUCUUUCCUUAAAAUAGCAUUUACUCAUAAGAAAACAUGUGUGCCGUUUAAAUAGGUAGUGCUAGCUGUGCUGAUCUUGGACAUGUUUGGGGACCCAGACACCCCGCCUUAUUUUGAGGGUAAACUGAUGAUGGCACCUAGAAAAAUUGAUUUCGAAACCUCGCUUGCGUCUUGCCUUAUCUACCUGAGCGAGCCCCACAUUUACGUAAAGAGCUGAAUCCACCAUGGCUAGUACGUAAACAAAAAAAUCAUAGUUUUGUCAAUAUCCUAAAAUGUUUGACUCACCAUCAGCAGAUCACCAAAUUCAUUCGUCCUAAGUAACUGAAAUGCGAUUUUAAGUUUUUUAUCUGUAUGAAAGCUAAAUGAGUGCAUAAAAUUAAUAACAUUUGCCUUUUGUUCCAUUUUCUAGGCCCGGACUACUUUACUUUGCGUUGGAUUCACUUUUGCCUUCGGUUCACUGUUUUCCAAAACAUGGCGCGUGCACAAGAUCACACGAAUAAUGAGUGCAAAAAAAUUGGUAAGGGGCUUUAACUCUUAUAACUCAAUUGCACUCGGCGGUAGAUCGCAAAUUUUGCCCAAAAAGGCUAGCAAUGUCUUUGCGCUCUAUUUUUUCUUCCUCUCGCACAUUAUAGCUAAGUUAGCGAAACGUUGAAGAGUUCAAGAGAGAGAUAUGAGGUGAAAGUGGUUGGUUGAAGUCACACCUUUUGGGCAAAGAGCUUCUAAAUCGAUUUGGUCUGUUCCUGUAGUUUGCUACCCGUUGCCUUUAGAUUUUUGUUUCAUCUUUCAGCUAAAAUCUCAUUCAAUAUUCCCUCUUUGUGGGAAAAAUCCCAGCUUUUGUAGGUGUAUCAUAAUAUCAUAUCUUCUUUUCAGAUUAUCAAAGAUCGACACCUUCUCGGAAUUCUGGGCUUUCUUCUCGUCAUAGAUUUGAUCAUUCUCUUAUGCUGGAAUUUUGUGGACCCCUUUCACACUAAAGCAAAAUACCUGACUGCAUACGUGAGUAUAAAACACUGUACCAUUCAAAGCUUUGAACACGAAAACGCCAAAAAAAGUCACUACUAAACUGAUAGAAGACAGCCUUUACCUGUCUCACUCUGUUUCGGCCAUGUCGCCGAUAGUUUUGAUGACACUCUCUAUGUGUAAUUUACUCUUCGCAUCUGCGAGUCUUGUGCAAUGUUCUCAGACACGUAAGGAUGUUUACCUUGCCCUAGCCAAUCGGAAGAGAUAUAGUGCGUACACUGUCUAAUAAUAAAACUAAUUGGCAGAACUGCAACUGCACGAGCUUACGUUAUUUUGACUUCUUUUGUUCUCCGCUUUUAUGUCAUUUUAAUAAUUUCCAAAACAAAAGUAAAGCAAUAAAUCAUGCUAUGGCAAAUGCAAUGGUUUGUGGAGAAUGUUUUUUUGAAGCUCUUCGAAACACUCACCAGCUUAAAAAUUCUCGAGUUUCUUGACGAAUUUUUAAACAUAAUAAAACACCACGGCUAUUGUUUUGAAGCUAACUGAUGCUUACAAAUUUUGAUAUCCCUCCCGCUCAAGUCUAAUCAAGAGGAUGACAACAUAGUUUACGUGCCAUAUGUAUACACGUGCGAAGUCGACAACAUAAUCAUCUGGCUGGGCCUGCUGUACUCAUAUAAAGGAAUUCUUCUGCUGUUUGGUCUGUUUCUGGCUUGGGAGACAAGGAAUGUCAAGAUACCUGCUUUGAAUGACUCUCAUCACAUUGGUGCGUCUAAUCAAGUUUACAUUCGUAUAUUUUUGUAUCACAUAAAAUAAGGAAAAUGAACUUAAAAUAUCUCAACUUUUAUAUGCGGUUCGGUUGCAAGGAAUCAAUACGUCAGUAUAAGAGCUACCAAAACAAUCUACUAGUUAAUGAAUGUUAAUUAAAAAAGACAAACUAAUACUUUGGAGAACUUUUGCUGUUUUUUGUAGGAAAAAGUGACUUACCUGUCACCACUAAACAAUCACAAUCAUUCACAUUGUUUCAGGUCUUUCUUCAGCCUUUUUUACGUUUUUUUCAUUAACCAUCUCAAAUAAUGUAUUUGAAAUGACACGGACUCCUUCCCUGGCCUUAAACCCUAUUGUAUCGAAAAUUUUGUAAUAAUCUAGUGCAAGGAGUUGCUUACAGUGGCAUAAUAGAAAGACUGAUCUCUUAAAAAGCAGGUUUUAUGUUUAAAAUCUAGAACAAAAUAAUCUCAUUUUUAACAGCACUUUUUUUUUUACCUUUUGCUCAAGGUAUGGCAGUUUAUAAUGUGGUGAUAGUCUGCAUCGUUGGCACCCCUAUUGUUUCCUUUGUGCAAGCCAAACAGUUCGACGUGUCCUUCGUUAUUACAGCAGCCUGUAUUUUGUUCAGCACAACUUCUACAUUGUGCAUCGUGUUUGUUCCAAAAGUAAGUGAGGAAUGAUCUGCCUAUUUUUCUGGUAGAUGUCUAACUUGUCACACUUAAACUGUUUGAAUCCACGAUAAAAUUGCUGGGAGAACAAAACAAUCAAUGUCUGCACACCUAACCCUCGCUUGAGGGGAUGGAGUCUUUUUCUUUCCCGCAGCAAAGGUUAUUAAGCCCUAGGCAAACAGACUCAACAUUGUUGGAUCUUACGUUUUGCGUCCGUUUGGACUCCCUGUUGGGGUGUUGUUCCGUGUUGUUGAGUGUUGUUGGGAAUUUUUUAGCAAAGUUUGAAACCGGUGGUCAAACGUCUAGCUACGUGCAAACGUUCGCAGCAUUGUUGGGCCAACAACGUUGGGAGUGGCUGCGUCCGUUUGCACGUGGCUUUAGCUUUAACAGAAGGACAAAAUACAGUGGUAAUGGUUGGGGGGGGAGGGGAGGGGGAAGGCCUUAUUUUCCCUUCGGAAAUAUACAUUAUCAGAAAGACGUAAUGUCUUUGAGGGUAGUGUCUCAACACUUUUAUCGCCGACUGUAGCUUCUUUGUGGCGAGCUUCCAAGUUACACCACGCAUCAGUAAAAUUUGCUUUUACUUAAACUUAAUACAUUAUCAGUCUCGUAUGUACUACUUAUUCCAACAGAUAAAUCGAAACGAAAAUUUGCUGCGUGUAAAUCAAUAUAAUCAUCAAUAAAUAAUCUUUAAACUCACCCUGCGUAUACAAAAAGCUGAAAGAAUUUAGUGUAAGUAAGACGUGAUUUCCAACAGUUAUAUUAAUUGUCAUAAAGGAAAGGAAAUACAUAAUCUCACUGUUAAUAUAAUUAUAUUUCCCAGUUUUCAGCCCUCAGGAAAUCUAAAGAAGAUGACUAUCGCUUGCGUGCUCGCACAUUUAGUUCCUUGGAAGGAUGUACAUCAAAUGGUGUUAAUAAAGGUUAUUAUGCUGUUAAUCACGAGGAGGAAUUGCAGAAGCUAAGAGAUAUGUUAAAAAUGGUAAGUAAAAUACCUGACUGCAACGAUCAGGCCUCUGAAGCCUGAUAGAAUCUUCCGUCAAUCUAACAGAGGCAAGGAUAAUGUCUCUGACAUGUGACAAGUCACGUGAACCAAAUAUGAAAAGGGCAAAAUGGAGGUUUGUGUUCUAAUGUGUUAAAAAAGUAAUAAUUAAAGAAAAUAAAAUCAUUGCCUUCUCUGAGUGGCUUGUUCUAUGUGUUAUACAUGUACACUGAAACCAGAUGCGCCUACUUAAACGUUUCAUUUUCAGCCCUAGCUUAAAUUGGAACUACCGAUAAGCUUAUAAUCUGAUUUUCAAUAGCUGUUAGAUUUUUAAUCCAUAAUCAUAAUUUUGUUUAUGUAAUUUUUUUUUUCUGGAAAGCUUCAAGUGGAAAAACAAGAGAGAUUGAAAAACAGUGGAAGCUGUAAUACACAAUUUUGAAAAAAUCCAAGUUAUGUACGAGUCAGUGAUGGUGUAUUCCAGAGGAAAUAACCAGGCAAAGCAACACGCCGUCAGCUACAACUGCUUUCACCUAGCCUCAUCUCCACUUUGGCCAUGAAAAGGAGAAAUGAUAUGUCAGG